AACAAACACAAAUCUAAGACCCUACUAAAUUGGUUUCCAUUCCCCUCAAGGAUAACGUUUCCAGGCACUGUUGUCCUCCCGGUUGUUCCUAAAUGCACAACACCCAACCGAGCCAGCCUUGCACGAGUCGCAGCCAUAGCAGAGCACUCUCGGCUCAUUGCUCCACCGAGCACAGUCUGGGUUGCUAGAAGCUGGUGUUUGUGGCCUUGUCCAGUUUGUUGGGCUCACGUACGUGAAGUUGCAAUCAUUCGAGGGCUUACAGCAUCCAGAAUGAUGCUCUCGGUAAAAAUCGUCCACCGGGGUCGAACCAGCCUGAAGCAGCCUCUGACAAAUGUUACUGUCAACCAAAUAGCUCCUAACCCGGCCCCAGUGGUCGUUGACCCUUCCCCGAGCCUGUACUCCCUGUACCCCCUGCCGGAGAGGACCUUGCCGGCGACACUGUUGGUCACCACGAAGGUGGCUGACGUUGUUUGCACCCAAAAAAUCGAAAUAAAAAAUCAAAUCUGGAAAUCGGGGAAAGCACAUAAACAAUUUUACCCGAUUAUCUCUCGUGCUAUGAACACGAAUCACUCCAUUAGGCUCAAGCGCAGGUGGUUGAUGGAUUUGCCAUUGUCCGAAAAGGAACAGAAGAAGGUAGAGGAGAUGCUACCUCCUAACGAUAAGGUACUGCCGGAAUCAUUAAUUAGGGAAGAUGAUGUAAGCUAUGAGGACAUCAGAGCUGCCAUUGAGAUGGGAUUUGGAGCUCAUAGCUAUGGGAAGGAACGACAGUGUACACAAGAGGAUGUACAAGUACUUAAUCCACGUGAAUGUCUUCAAAAAAUAUGCUCCCUGCUUGAUGAUAUGUCUAAUAGAGGCUUAUGCUCGCUAAUUGAGCAAAUUUCUCAACUUUUGCAAGACCCAAAAAAUUUCAAGGGGGGUCAGUUGUUGUGCUCGACCGCGUCCGAAGCCUAUCGUGCUGCUGCAAUUGAUGUCCUAGACAGGCUCACGGACAAGAACUUCCCCAUGAGAGCUUUACUUGCCAUGCGUAGGAAGCUGAAUGGUGUCAAGACUUACGUUCCCUCUCUUUGCCCCGAGAGAUAUGAUUGUCGUGAGAAGUUAUGCAGCAGACUGAAGAAGAAGUGCAUGAAGUUACUGUUAGACUUCCAUGAUGGGGACGAGCCUGCAGAAGAAUUGGCCAGAGCACUAGGAGUUGUGGGUUUGACGCUAAAGCUAAUUAUAAAGUGCAAAGAUGUGCGGUACUUCCGGAAAUUCUCACCAGAAAUUGAGGCGUUGCAAAAUGAUAUAGCGAAAGCUAUUCAUCUGAUAGAUCUCUCCAUCUCCGAGAGACUGAGCUUGAUAGAGCUGGAAAAGGUGCAGGUUUUGUUGGACCCUAAUUUAGAGUUGUCUGUUAAGCUACGUGAAUGUGAUGUACAGAGUCUCUUGACCGAGUACCUGUUUGAGUGCAGUGACAUGGACAGGAUCCCUGGUUCUUUAGUAAAAACGGUUAACUUGAUUAAUACAAUAUCGCAAUUUCCAUCCCUCAAGAAACGACUGUCAUCCAAGAGCCGCCUUUCGCCCCCUCAAGAAUUAAUGAGGGGUGUAAUAGAGAAAGAAGUGGAACACAUACUAACAGUGAGUGCUCUAGCAAAAGAAGUGGUGUUGAACAUUAUUCCAGAACAUGAAUUUGAUGAAGACUUUGCUCGUGCGUACUUGGAGGAUUUUGGAGGAAAUAAUAAUUUUCUAUGUAUUUCUGAUGAUGAGCGAGUUGGGCGUUAUGAACUUCAUUCUAGCAAAUCUUAUGAUGGCAAGUCUGAAAGUAUUGGUGAGACAAAUCUGGUAAAGAGAACAAGCAAAAGGUAUGAUGGCAUUUCACCAACAGACGGUGGUUCUGAUUGUUGGCUGUCCUGUAAGGAGUCAAAAGUAGUGGACUCGAGCCACAAUGCCAGUGGUUUUAAAAGUGAAGAGGCUACAAGCUGUUGUUAUUCUACCAAUUGUGUGUCUUCUGAAUUCCUGUUGGAGACGGAUAUUGUGAGCGGGUCCUGUAAUAAGUACCUUCACGUCCAGGAAGCUUGUGAUGCCUCCAGUAUGGUCGCCUAUCGUUUUGUGGGUUGGUUGCUGGAAGUGCUUGCGGAUAGUGAAGACUUGAAAUUAUGCAAAGUUGAUAGGAGCCACCCAAAAGAACUCUCUUCUGAGGAAGACAGAAGAAGAAAAGAGCAAAAAAAGCUAUCAGAUUCAGCCGACAACCUCGAAAUUGGGUCGAAUUCCAACGCAAAUCUGGACUCCUCUUCGGCCCACAAGCUGCAGCCCGGCCCGAUGACCCUCAAAACCUCCUCCAAGUGCGCGAUGUCGCCUGUCAUAGUGAAUGAAGGUGGGGAGUGCAGAGGUUAUUUGUGUGUCAAAAGCUCUUGGCCGGGGGCAUGUCAAACGCUCUAUGGGGAUCAUGAAAGAUAUGAAACAACAUACUUUAGUGCCUUCACUGGCUACUAUUUCAGUGGAAAUGAUGGUUACCACUGGCUCACAGGCAGAGUAGACGAUGUUAUAAAUGUCAGGGUAAUUGAAGUUGGGGCCUAUGCCUUAGUUGCUAGCUCUGCUGUUUUGGAGCCCCCGAUUACGCUGAAGAUCUUAAAACUCUUUCACCUCAUCAUCAAUUUCCCUAAAGCCAUGAGCACCCUUUUAUUGGCCUCCUUUCUGUCUCUGGCUCUUGCAGCUUCCUUAGCAGUAUUAUUAUGCUACAGUCUGUGGUGGAAACCAAUCAAAAUCCAACACGUGUUGCGCUCACAAGGGCUCAAAGGGCCAUCUUACAAACUCAUUUAUGGGAACACAAAAGAGAUCCUCAAACUGAGAAAGGAGGCAAGUGAAAGUCCCUAUGAGUUGUGGCAACAUGAUAUGUUCCCAAUAGUUCUCCCUCAUUUGAGUAAAUGGAAGAAGUUAUAUGGGAACAAUUUCCUGAUUUGGAUUGGUCGGCAGCCUCAAAUAUUCAUAACUGAGCCUGAAUUGGUUAAGGAAGUACUUAGCAGUAAUGAUGUAGCACACCAAAAACCAAAACCUGCAAGCCCAGUAAGAAAACUUUUUGGAGAUGGGCUUAUCUUGGCUGAAGGUGAAAAAUGGUCAAGGUUGAGAAAACUAUCCAACUACGCUUUUCAUGGAGACAGCUUAAAGGACAUGGUUCCGGUAAUGGUAGCGAGUGUGGAAUCUAUGCUCGGAAAAUGGGCGAACGAUGAAGAUAACACAAUUGAUAUAAGCAACGAGUUCAGGCUUUUAACCUCGGACGUGAUCUCGAGGACAGCUUUCGGAAGUAGCUUCGUUGAAGGGAAAACUAUAUUCGAGAAGCUUGGGGAAAUGAGUGUAUUGGUCUACAAAACUGCUUUCAAGACUAGAAUACCGGUGAUCGAGAAAAUAUGGAGGUCAAGAGAAGAAAUUGAAUCGGACAGAAUCAGGCAGUCACUACGUAAUUCGAUCCUUUCACUCGUUAGGAAAAGGGAAGAGAGUGUGAGGAGAGCGCAAGCUGACAAUUUUGGUCACGAUUUUCUUGGAUCGCUUGUAAGAGUUCACAAUGACCGUGAUCCCGAAAGCAGAAUCUCGGUCGAUGAUAUAGUCGACGAGUGCAAGGUAUUCUAUGUUGCCGGUCACGAAACGACAACUAGCUUGUUGUGUUGGGUUACCUUUCUGUUAUCGGUUUACACGGAAUGGCAAGAAAAGGCGAGGGAAGAGGUUUUUCAAGUUUUCGCCCGGGAAAAACCGACAUCGGAUGGCAUUGCCAGAUUGAAAACUUUAACCAUGAUAAUCAAUGAAGCAUUACGUCUCUAUAGUCCCGUAGUCCAUUUAGCAAGAACAGUUCGAACCAAAACCAAAUUGGGAAGAUAUGAGCUACCCCCAAAUGUGGAUGUGGUUAUCACACCACUCUCACUUCACACAAAUCCCGAGUUAUGGGGAAAAGAUGCUGCGCAAUUCAACCCAGGAAGAUUUGCAGAUGGAAUGGCUAAGGCAACAAACGGGAAUUCAUUUGCUUUUAUCCCGUUUGGGGCAGGGCCUCGUGUUUGCGUUGGCUCGAAUUUUGCUGUUAAUGAAACUAAGAUCACGCUCUCGAUGAUUUUGCAGCGGUAUAAGUUAAAAGUGUCCAAGGAUUACGUGCAUUCGCCUUUUCAGUUUCUUACAGUUAGCCCUCGGUAUGGAAUCCCAAUUGUCGCCGCCGCCGUUCCGGAGCUUUUCGCGGCAAGCAGCCAGCGAGCCCUCGUCUCCGGUGGGAGGAUGUGGUCUAGCCAGGCCGUCGCCGCCGUGCCGGAGCUUUUCACGGCGAGCAGCACGCUAGACCUCGUCUCCGGCGGGCAGAUCCGGUCUAACCAGGCCGCCGCCGCGGUGCCGGAGUUUCGAAGGGCGAGGUUCCAGUGGCUGAUGCUUUCCGGCUGGAUAGUCCGGCUGAACCAGGCUUGCGCCUCGCCGCCGGAGAUUUUCACGGUGGCCUUCAGCUUCUCGAAUACGAACGUCAACGUUUCCUCCAUCGGCAACUCUCUACUUGUACCCUUCAACUUCGACUCCUCGUUUCCUUUUCUUCCUUUUUCCCAAGAAAAUAAUAGUAGUUAUGAUUCUUCAAAAUCGAAUCCAGAAAUUCACUUUGCUAAAUUUGUUCAAUCUCACAAACUUCUUGGGGAUGAAUUCCUUCAACUAUUGGAGAAGACAAAAGCAAGUUUAGAUGAUGCCCAUUCAAUCGCUUUGCAAAUUAAUGAUUCAACAGAGUUAUUUAAGAUGUAUGUGUCUGAUUCAGAUGUUGAAGAUGGUGUUCAUCAAUGUUCUCACCCCAAUCACUUUGCAGUUGGAACUAGUUUUUCAGAAGGUAAAAGCGCCACAAUGGUUGAGGAGAGCCUGUUGUUGUUGGUGAAGCAAUUUCUCUCCCCAAUGAUGAAGUCAGGGGUCCAGAAAGAGAAAAUAGAAGAAUUAUUGCACUGUGGUUUAAGUGAGAUUGAACAUGUUGAAGAUCAGUAUCUC